AUGGAUGAACUUGCAAACGAGAUAAAACGGCAAAUAGAUAUUUGCAGAGGUCGAGCUGUCAAACCAGAAUCCACAGACAGCAUACCUGAUUCUGACGGUGUUGCAACGCUCCAGCAGGAAUUACAAGAUUUUGUUCAUGCGUUGGAGGCUCUGCUCCGGCAAAUCAAUGACGGUCAAUCUACAGUCUCGGAUCCCUCCCUUUUGUGGAAGAUUGCGGCUUUUACGCAGCCAACACCCUACUUCUUCAAGCCAGAUUGGCUUCUGGACCGGGCGCGAGCAACUCAGGCUAAUCGGGCGGCCAGACAGAUUUCAAAGGACAGUGCCAACGACGUAUGGGCCGAGAAAUCAUUGCAAGAUUAUAUCACUUCUGACAAUUCUCAACUCUUGCUGGUGCAGGGGAAGUACCAAACGUUUCAGAAAUUAGAACUGUUCAGCUGCGACAUAACGAGUUUCUUACGAGACAACGCUUCUACAAUCUAUUUCAUAAGGUCAGCCACCAGCGUACUUGGACAAAUUCAACCAGAGCAAGUGAUACGACAACUUGCGCUGCAGGCUUUGCAAAAGGUGCCAGCACCGAAGCCAAUCACCUUUCUUUCCGACAUCGUCGAGCGGUUCCAAAAGGCCAAGUCUCUCGAGGACUGGUUCGAGGUCCUUCAAUGCAUCAUACAUCAUGUCCAGGAAUUAUAUAUCGCUUUGGACGUCGGACUUGUCAGCCACGAUAUCGAAGCAUCUAUCCGUAUCCCCGUGGCCUUUGAAAGCCUCCUCCGCGAUGUUCAAGUGCAAUCUCCAUCAACUUUGUUGAAGAUCAUCCUCUUCACCCGACGCGCCUCUGAGGGUAUUGACAUCGAUUCAACGACCUCUAUCGUCGUUAAGCCAUCCAAGGCGCUACCUCGGUCUAUAAACAUAACCUCUAUCAAACACGCAUUGAUCUCGCAGCUUAAAGACAGGAGGCAGAAAUUACUGCUAGAUAAUGCUACGAAAGAUAAAGAAUCAGAAGCCGUAACAACUACACUCGAUCCCAGUUCCAGGAAAGCCUCUUUUCCCCCCAAAGACAUCAGGUGGCAGCAUGUAGAGGCUGGUAAUACAUCGUCCAACUCGGAUAGUGCCAAUACCCUGCCUGGAAAACAGCCUCUUGACAUCGGCAGCCAGCUCGAGUCAAGGAAUCCAGAAAAUCUUGCUACUUUGGCGUCGGAGCUCAAUUUUCAAGAAACGUCAUUGUCAUCUCUGACUUUGACGAGAAGUCAGCAAGACGUAGCUACUCCCUGGAAACAAAAUGAAGAUUCCAGCCCUAGGGAAGUUGCAAGACGCUCCUCGGCACCUUCUAUCGCGGCGUUGGACACUUCGUCAAGAAAGUACAAUCGGUAUAACAUCACUGUCGCCAUCCUGUGCGCCCUGACUCUUGAGGCAGACGCCGUCAAGUCUCUCUUUGACGACCACUGGGACGACAAUGUGACGGCGAGUAUGCCUCGACAAGGAGAUACCAACGCGUAUUCCAUGGGCAGGAUCGGCCGCCACGACGUCGUUCUCAUCCACAUGGCCGACAUGGGAACCACGAACGCGUCCGCGGCGGCAGCACACUGCAAAGCCAGCUUCCCCAGCAUCGUCCUCGCCCUCUUGGUGGGCAUCUGCGGCGGCGUCCCGGUAACCACCGAGAGGGGAGUACCAGACGUGGUGUUGGGAGACGUCAUCAUCAGCGAGGGAGUUGUCCCUUACGAUUUCGGCAGGCAGUACCCUGAUAUGUUCUUGAGGAAAACUGGUAUACUGGAGGUUUUGGGGAAGCCUCCGCCCGUGGUCCGGAACCUGCUGGCUAAAUUGAAAGGCCGGUAUGACCGUAAGAAUCUGAACGAGAAGCUCGUUCACUACCUCCAAGAUUUGGUUGCCGAUUUUGGGGACGACCUGCUCUACCCCGGCGCCGACCACGACAUGCUCUUCGAGGGUACCUAUCAACAUAAACACAGUCCCUCUUCCGGCUGUAAAAUUUGUAAUGAUAGCGAGGAGAACACGAUCUGUGAAAUAGCUAGAACCGCUACCUGUGAGGAACUUAAUUGCGAUAAUAGCAAGCUAGUUCCGCGUGCGCGUCUCUGUAGCUCCUCUCCACGGUCGACGGCUGUGCUGCCGAGCGUGCACUUCGGGCUCGUCGCCUCAGGGAACUCGGUCAUGAAGUCAGGCGAGCACCGAGAUCGAAUCGCAAGGAGAGAAAAGGUGAUAGCGUUCGAGAUGGAAGCUGCUGGAGCCUGGGACAACUUCCCGUGCGUGGUCAUCAAGGGAGUGUGCGAUUAUGCCGACAGUCACAAACACAAGAAGUGGCAGGGUUACGCAGCCGCUACAGCAGCGGCUUGCAUGAAGGCAUUCUUGGAGAAAUGGACAUAUCGCGCUUAA